GUGUGUCAAAGGAAAAGAGGAGAGAUUUUUGCUCGGAGGAUCAGUUGGGAUUUUAGAAAUUUUUACCUUUUUGAGCGCCCCCCACACCCGCAGACAUCAUGUGUACAGGAGCCUGUUCUAAGUUCAUCGCCAUCCCGCUCUACAUCCUGGCUGCAGUGUCCAUCAUCUGCAACAUCAUGCUCUUCUUCCCUGACCUUGACACGCAGUAUGCAGCCCAAGACCGGGAGGGGAUGGAGCGCAUCACGGUGGAGGUCAAAUACAUGGCAGGCCUCAUAGGAGGAGGAAUCCUGGUCCUCGUUCCUGCCAUCCACACUCACCUGACCAGCGCUAACAACUGCUGCGCCAACCGCUGUGGGAUGUUCCUGUCCAUUGGUUUUGCAGCAGCUGGUGCGGUGGGGGCCAUUUACAGUCUGAGUGUGGCUGCCCUGGGCCUGUCUAAUGGGCCAACAUGCCUUUGGAGCAAUCUUCAAAGCCCCCUUCCUCAAUGGGGGACACCCUUCGCCAGCGGUAACGGGAGCUACCUGGGCGAUAAAGCAAUGUGGCAAUGGUGCAAAAAACCAGAGAAUGUGGUUGAAUUCAACGUGGGACUGUUCUCCACUCUGCUGGUGGCGGCCUGCUUUGAGCUCGCCCUCUGUCUCAUCCAGAUGGUCAACGGACUCUUUGGAUGUCUCUGUGGCACCUGCGGUGGCAAGGAAUAAGCUUACUGUGACACACCACGACACACCAUGACCUCUUGAAGAAUAAAUGACAGGGAUCAUCAUCACAUUCAUCAACUCAAUUCAUCACCACUAUCAUAACCUACUGUAUCAUGGGGGGGUUUGAGAUAGGGGUUGAACGUCUCUAUAAACACAGUCCUAUCUGUCCAAAUCCUCAUUAUUCUUAUUACUAAUUCUUCAAAAGGAAUGACUGGGAUGAUCAAUAAAUAUUUCUUCUGUACCCAUUUUAUUAUUCUCAUAUUAUACUGAUUG